AAUACGAUCCCUUCUAUUCACCAGGAGCAAACGGUGGCUCCGGUGACGAAGCCUUCCUUGAGGCUCAUGCACAUCAAGGGCCAAGUAGCAGCUUCCUGUGCUGAUGCCAAUGGGAGCCGCUUUGUACAGCAGGCGAUCCAGGUGGCAACUCCUCAAGAGAUCGUUAUGGUUUAUGAGGAAAUCAUGCCUUGUGUCCGCACGCUUGCUGCUGAUGUGUUUGGAAAUCAUGCAGUCCAGAAGAUUCUAGAGCAUGGACCACAGUCCUGCAAACGUGAGCUCAUCAGUCGUCUGAUGGGCCAUGUGCUUCCGCUAAGCCAUGAUAUGUACGGUUGCCGUGUCAUCCAGAAGGCUUUGGAUGUAGGGGAGCACAAUCAGAAGAUUGUGAUAGUGAAAGAGCUCAAACACAAAGUGCUCAAAUGUGUUCGCGACCAGUUCGCGAGCCAUGUUAUUCAGAAAUGUGUAGAGUGCCUGCCACCGAAGCAUAUCCAGUUCAUCUUCCGAAGCUUCUGUGGAUGGGCAAAGGCACUAUCCAUGCAUCCCUAUGGAAGCCGUGUGAUUCAGAAAGUGUUGGCCCAUUGUGACAACGCCGAGGUGUGCCACACGCUGACAGCAGAGAUUAUUGAGUUUGCUAACAAGCUGUCAGCAGACCCGUUUGGAAACUAUGUGGUGCAGCACUUGCUCGAGCAUGGAGGCCAGACGCAGCGAUCCAUGAUAGUGAGGAAAUUUGACAGGCGCGUGGUGAGCUUGUGUUAUCACAAGUUCGCGUCGAAUGUGUUGGAGAAGUGCCUAGUAUUCGGGAGCCAGGAGGACAGGCAGCUCAUCAUAAAUGAGAUCCUCGGCAAUGCCGGCAGCCAGCACGUCGAACAUCUCGUGGACAUGAUGAUCAAUCCAUACGCGAACUUUGUCAUCCAGAAGAUGGUGGUGACGGCGGAGGAGCAGCAGGUGGGUCUGUUGUUGGACGUGGCCAGGAAAAAUGCAGACAGCCUGAAGCGAUACCCACAUGGCAGGCACUUCAUCGCCGCCAUCGAGAAGUUCCUCAGUGCAAAUGAGGGGAGCCCUGUGCAUCUGGUGAACAAUGAAUGAGGAGGAUGGAUAGCACCUACCUCUCCUGUCAGCCUUCUGCGCCCAUGGCCUCUUAGGCCUUGUUAUGCUUUCAAAAUUCUAAAAGUUUACAAGAUUUCUCGUCACAUCAAAAUCUUUAGACAUAUGUAUGAAGCAUUAAAU